CUUCCAAGCCUAUAAAAUGAAGCUCAAAAAAUAGAAAAAACAACAGCAAAAUAUUCGCCAUUAUAAUUCCUUCUUCUUUUGUUCUCUGCUCGAUCUCGGGGGUUCAAUUAGGGCUUUAAAUCGCCAUUUUCGCUCCAAUCACAUGCUCUCUUCUUUCUCGGUACUUCUCAACAACACUCAAUUUCGUCGAUUUCAACUCUGCAGUCGUCACAAAACCCUAGAAUUCUUGCAAGAAAUGCUUCAGCGACGGUAAUUUUGAAUUCCUUCACAUGAAGAUUUGAAUUCGAGGCGAGUGAAUGAUGAUAUGAGUGAGCUUCUGUUGAAAUGAGCGAUGGAGGUAAAGAUAAUGGAAAAGUUUCUGAACCGCAUAACACAAGAAAACCAGCCGGAAAUGAGGAUUUUGUGCGAGCGAUUGCGAAGAUUGCUGUUGCUCAAAUUUGCGAGAAUGAAGGUUUUCAGGGUUUCCAACACUCAGCACUUGAAGCUUUAGCUGAUGUUGCUGCCCGAUUCAUGAGAGAACUUGGUAAGACUUCGAAUCUUUAUGCUCAUCAAGCUGGUAGGUUAGAGUGUAAUGUGUUUGAUGUGAUUCAAGGAUUAGAGGGUUUGGGUUCAAUUCAGGGGUUUUCGGGUGCUUCGGAUAUUCAUCAUUCGCUUGCAAAUUCAGGGACUAUUCGGGAGAUUAGUCAGUAUGUAAGUUUAGUAGAGGGAAUUCCUUUUGUGUUUUCACUUCCGAGGUUUCCCAUUUCAAGAGAGAGGAACCCUCCUUCUAGUUUUUUACAGAUUGGGAAGGAUCCUCCUGAGCAUAUUCCGGCGUGGUUGCCGGCGUUUCCUUUUCUGGAAGCUCGUGGGCAUUCGCCGGGGUCUGGAGAGAGAGAAACAAAUGCAGUUACGGCAAAUAUAGAAGAGAAGCAGGAGGUGGAAGUAGCUGGAAAGGGAGAAGUUGAUUUGAUGAAUAUACAGCAGCAACAACAACCGCAGCAAUUUACUGUUAAUAACGGGUCAGAAGCUGUUGAAACUAACCCUUUUCUCGCUCCCCCAUUUCAGUAUGGGGAGAAAGAAGUGUCUUCUAUUGAACUCCCUUGUAGGGUUUGGGAAGGUAAUCAUAUUAAUGUGAUGGAUACGUUUGCUCCAGUCUCUGAAACUGCACGAAACGAGGUUUCUGAGAUUGAGGAUACAAAUAAGCAUAUUAAGUUGGAUGGGAGGCCGAUUGUACGACUUAAGUUCAGUAGUGCUAGGAAAUCAUUGCGUACUUGUAAGAAUGUGGUUGCUCAAACAAAUGGGGAUGAGAGGCUUGCAAUUUUAUUUGAGAGGAAUGAUGAGAAUGACGAAAAGAAAAGAAGGGCUGAGCAAAUUUUGAAGGAGUCAACAGAGACACCAUUGGAUACAACUGAGUUGUAAAUUAGGUUUGUUCAUCAGACAUUGUAUACUUUUUCCUUAGGAAACUAGCAGCUAGAGCUGGUCUCAAAGAGAUAUUCUUGUUUGCUGAUGAGAUAGUUGAACUGUUAGGGAUGGCAUUCCACAAGUUGUGGAGGUAUGUAUGUGUUAGUUGUUCAUGUAAACUGUGGCCAGUGUUUAAUUCUUUUUCUGAUUGAAAUUCAUGUUCUUUUAUGAUAAUCUACUUGGAAGAUACACAUUCAUACA